AUGAAAGCUUCAAGCAAAUUAAUUUUAACAAUUUUGGGUUAUUAUUUAACAUCAACUCAAAUAACUUCUGCUUCAAUAAAAAUAAAAAAAUUUUCCACAUCAAAAAUCACUUUACACAAACCUGCUCCUGACGUAGUCCCAAAUUCUUAUAUAUUAGAAUUUAAUGGCGAUCAACUUAAAAGCCAAUCAGAAUCAUCAUCGGAAUCAUUUAUCAAUUCAUUUGUAAAAUCGAUUGAAAAUGAAGGCAUAAAUUAUAAAGUUAGAGAAACUUAUAGUAGUCAAAAAGUAUUUAAUGGAGUUUCUAUUAAGCUUGACGAUGAUAAAGAUAUCAAUAAAAUUAAAAAAUUAAAAUGUGUGAAAAAUGUUUGGCCUGUGGUAAAAAUUCAACGAACAGAAGCUAAAUUUGAGGAAGAAAACAAUUCAACUUCACAAAAUUUUCGCAAUUUUGUUGGUUUGGAUGAAUCAGAUAAUGACGUACUUGAUGGUUCAAAUAUUAAGGUUGGAAUUUUAGAUACGGGUAUUGAUCACAAACACAAAGCUCUUGGAGGAUGCUUUAAAGGUGAAGGUUGUAAAGUACAAUUUGGUUUCGAUUUCGUUGGAGACGAUUUUAAUGGAUCAAAUGAACCAAAACCCGAUGAUGACCCUUUAGAUGAAUGUGUUGGUCAUGGAACACAUGCAGCUGGUAUUAUUGCUGGCGAAGAUUCAACUAAUAACAUUACUGGUAUUGCUCCUAAAGCUAUACUUGGAGCAUAUAGAAUUUUUGGAUGUAAUGGAACAACUACAAAUGACAUUGUUAUUAAAGCGAUGGAAAAAGCUUUUGAUGACGGAAUGAAUAUUAUUAAUCUUUCACUCGUAUCUGGUAAUAACGCUUGGUUUGGAACUCCUGAAAGUCUCGUUGCUGAAACAUUAACACAAAAUGGAGUAUUCGUUGUAGCACCUGCAGGAACUUCUGGUGAUAAUGGAAUUUUUAAAGUUUCUUCCCCAUCAACAGCUCCUGGAGUUAUUUCUGUUGCGUCCAUUGAUACUGAUCAAGUUAAUUCUUUCUUUAUUCAAUCAAGUUCUGAUCCUAAUCUUAAAAUUAAAUAUCUUACACAAAAUGGAAAACCCAUUAAACUUGUAGAUUCUUUCUCAAUUGUUCCAACUUCAAAUGUGACCAAUUCAAAAAAUGAUGCUUGUGAUGCUAUUAAUGAAGAUCUUACAGGAAAAGUUGCUUUGGUUCGUAGAGGAGGUUGUGAUGAUACGACAAAGAUUGACCAAAUUCGAUUUGCUGGAGCUUCAGCUAUUGUUAUUUAUAAUGAUGCUAGUGGAAUCUCAACACCUCAAUUUAAUAGCGAAGGAAUUUCAACCCCUGUUGGUAUGAUUUCUUGCGAAGAUGGAAUAACUUUAUUUAAUCUCAUACAAAAAAACAAUAAUUUAACCGUUCAGUUUCCUAAUGAAAGCGUAUUGAUUAAUGAUCCAGGCACGUUAAAAACUUCAAAAUUUAGUUCUUUUGGACCAACAAAUGAAUUAGAAAUUAAACCUGAUAUUGCAGCACCUGGAAAAGAUAUCAAAAGUAUUUUCCCUGUUUCCCUCGGAUCUAUUAAGACUAUUUCAGGAACAAGCGUUUCAGCUCCUUUCAUAACUGGUGCUUUAGCAUUAUAUUUACAAAGUCAAAAAGAAUCAAAACCUGAAAUUAUCCGUAAUGUUCUUCAAAUUAACACCAAACCAAUAACUUUUAAAAAUGACAUAGAAGGAAACAAAAAUUCUCUUAUAGCGUCAACGAUUCUUAAACAAGGUUCUGGUUUAAUUAGUUUAUCUAAUGCAUUAUCUUCAACGAUCAUGACAUCUCCAUCAAAACUUGCACUUAAUGAUACAGAUAAUUUUAACGGAAAAAAACGAUGCCUUACUUUAACAAAUAUUGGUAAAGAAACAACAAAAUUUACUUUUAACCAUUUGCCCGCUCAAACAAUCAAUGGUUAUGAUGGAAUAAAUUUGGUUCCGGCAAAUUCACCAAUCACAACAAAUUCUUUUGCUAAUGUUAAAUUUUCAAAACUUUCAAUUCGUUUACGUCCUGGCGAAUCUCAAGAUAUUAAUUUAAGUUUUACUCCUCCCAAAGAAGAGAAUGAAAUCAAUAAUUCUCUUUAUUCCGGUUAUAUAGUUAUUACGGAUAGUACUACAAAAAAGAGAUCUUACGUUUCUUAUAUGGGUAUGAAAGGUAGCUUAAAAUCUUUACCAAUACUUGAUGAUCAAUCUGGUGCUCCUUUUAUUCAAUCUGGUAAAAAUGAUCAAAAAUUCACUUCACCUGAAGAAGUUCUAACUGUAUCAAUGAAAGAUGAUGAUAUUGUACUUUUGGGUGCACGUAUGGCCCAAGGAACAAAAAUUCUUACCGUAGAUGUAAUACCCGCUGAAUCAGAUGAUGAUGUUGAACCACCUACUGAAACUCAACCACAAGAAACAAAUUUGCCAACGGAAGCCCCAGUAGUAACAAAAAAGCCAUUAAAAAAUAAACCAAAAGAAACAAAUAAACCAACGGCAACUAAACCAAAGCAACCAACCGAGACUCCAAAAACUCCAAAAGAAGAUAAACCAAUCGAGAAUCCAAAAGAAUCAGACAAACCAACCAAGACUCCAAAAGAAUCAGACAAACCAACCAAGACUCCAAAAGAAUCAAACAAACCAACCAAGACUCCAAAAGAAUCAGAUAAACCAACCAAGACUCCAAAAGAAUCAGAUAAACCAACCAAGACUCCAAAAGAAUCAGAUAAACCAAUCGAGACUCCAAUAGAAUCAGACAAACCAACCGAGACUCCGAUAGAAUCAGACAAACCAGUCGAGACUCCAAAAGAAUCAGACAAACCAACCGAAACUCCAAUAGAAUCAGACAAACCAACCGAGACUCCAAAACAGCCAACCGAGACUCCAGUAGAAUCAGAUCAGCCAACCGAUACCCCGACCCCGACUCCAACUCCAACUCCAAUAGAAUCUCCUCAACCUUCUGAUGAUGAUGAUGUUGUUACAGUAACCUCUACUAUUGUUACAGUUAUCACCCCAGCUUCUGCUGCUGAAACUCCAAUUACGAAAAGAUCAUUUCGAACAUUUCCUGUAUUAUACAAGAGAGGGAAUAAUAAAUUGAGAUCAAGAGCAUUUGACAAUCAAGCUACAGAAUUGUUAGUACCGAAUUCUUUAGGCACAAUAUCAAAUAUACAAUUUGAAUCAAGAAAUGACAAUUCUGAAAAGAAUCAAAUUAAAACCAUACAAUUUGAUGGUAAAGUUGAUAAAUCGGAUGGAACAAAAAAUGUUGAAUUACCCGAUGGUCGAUAUAGAUUAUUUUUGGCUGCUUUAAGACCUUUUGGAGACCCUAAAAAGAAAGGAGAUUGGGAAACAUUUACUUCUUCUAUUAUUGAGAUCAAAAGAGAGUAA